UCCAAUGUCAGUGAUUCCCACAUCCAUCACAGCACGCCGAGUAGAGCAUGGAUCGCCUCCCGCCUGGCUUCCGCUUCCGACCCACUGACGAAGAGCUCAUCACCCACUACCUCGCCCGCAAAGUCGCCGACGCCGGAUUCCGCACCCUCGUCAUCGGCGAAGUCGACCUCAACAAGUACGAGCCCUGGGAUUUGCCAUUGAGAGCCGAGAUGGGGGAGAAGGAGUGGUACUUCUUCUGCGUCAGGGGCAGGAAGUACCCCACCGGGCUGAGGACCAACAGGGCCACCCGAACCGGCUAUUGGAAGGCCACCGGAAAAGACAACGCCGUCUAUCGCGGCCGAAGCCUGGUCGGCAUGAAGAAGACUCUGGUUUUCUACCGUGGCAGAGCUCCCAAGGGCGAGAAGAGCAAUUGGGUCAUGCACGAGUACAGAUUGGAGGGCAAGUGCUCCCUCCACCACCACCAUCAUCUCGCUAAAAACGAGUGGGUGGUGUGCCGGGUGUUCCACAAGAUCCCGGCGAGCACCAAGAAGCCUCCGGUCAUGAUCAAAGCCGAGGCGGCGUCUCCUCUUCCACGGCCCCCACUGCCGACGAUCCACGCUAGCGCCAGCAGCAUCAUCGCAUUGGACUCGAUCGACGUGACCUGCUUCUCCACUUUGCCGGCGGCGACUUUCGACCGAAACUUGGACGACGACUCCUUCGCUCCGGCCGAACCGCAGCGCCCGCCGCCUCUGUUCGCCUUAGGAGGUGACGAUCAGCAGGCGGCCGCCGGCGGCAGCGAUCACAUUCUGGCGCUUCUCGGUCACACUAUUUGGAACGACUGCUAUUAAACUACUAGCUACCUUGUUUUAGUUAAUUAAUUACUAUCUUGUAGUAAUUAAUCACGAUUGCAUGCAAUUGCUUCACUUAAUUGGACGUUGUUGUAUCUGAAUGCUGAUGAUGAAUGUUCUUAAUAAAUUAAUUAGCACUUUUUUCUC